AUUGCCCUGGUCCUACCAGUUCAUCAGCUGAACAACUUUACAGCAUUUGAGCUUCUUCUCUUCUCUUUUUUCAGUCUCUUUUCUGAACCCACCAUCCAAGUAGUUUUUUACUUGGAGAUUUGUGCCAAGAUGUAUAGCGGGAACUACGUGAGUACAAUUAUCCACAGUUUUCAAAUUAACCUUUGCUUCUUUUUCCCCAAGAAGCAUCAGAAGUGUAGUUUGCUGGUGGGAAAUUGGUCAGACAGACUGAAGUCCAUCUGCCAUCUAGGAGCAGAAUAAUUUGGUGACUUAUUAAAGCCUGCUUUGUUUAAUGAUGAAUAUUUAUAGCACAAUCCUAUAAAUGCCUACUCAAAAGUAAAUCUCACUGAGUUGAACAGGGAUUUUUCUAGGGGUGGCAAAGUAAAACACUGAAAGUGGGGAGCAGGUGAAUUUCUAAUAAAAAUGAGAAGAAUGGGGUUUAUACAUUUUCUCUCCUAUCUCAAGUUCUAUAACUCCUAGAAACUUGCUCUUUAAAAAAUAAAAAUAAAGCUGACAAUCUGCAUAUUAUGGUUCAUGGGGGUCAGCAGGGAUUAUGCCUAGGUAAGUGAGUAUAGGAUUGUGGUCUUAAUUACCUUUAAUUAUACUGAAAAGACAUCUAUAAAUAACAGUACUAUGCGGAAUAACAUUAAUAGCGUUCGACAAUUUAUUGCUUAAUCCAUGUAUGAGGACAAUGAUGUCUCUUAUAGAGUUCAUUAUUAAUAUGGCCAGUACUAUUCUUAUCCAUUCAAAAUGCUUUUAGUGUAUGCCUCACAAAUUGCUCUGAAAAAUCAAUAGAAGACUUUCAUAGGCACAAAUGAUCUUUCUCUAGCUAUACAACUGAAGGAAAAUAUUUGCAGUAAUUUAACUGACAAUCCAUUUCCUUGAGGAAAUGUACCCUGAUCCCACUUAUUUUUCUAGCACCGUAUUAGUCAUUUUCAUUUCUAGUCCAUUUCUUUCAUAUUUGAUUACCCAAGUUCAAUAAUAUUUGAAUAAUUCACAUGUUUUGCUUAUGGGUCUAGAUUAACUAGAUUUAGUGCUGCCUUUUAAACACAGCAAAUGAUUUCAUAGUUAUGUCCAGAAGGACAGCUAGGGGCUGACUCACUUGUUAAAUUGGCUGUUUAUUUCCUCUCAAGACCUCUUCUGCAUAUGAUCUAAUUAUGUGAGCUGUGUAACUUGUGAGCUGGGAAGUAAAUAGAAGAGAAGCAACUAUGUAGAACUUCACGUGUGAUAUUGCUUAUGUGUAAAGUUGUAUCAGCUGAAACAAAGGCUCCAUUAUAACAAGUGAAUCAGAUUUCAACCUACUUUCAUAAGUAAUUCAUUUCACACCACAGCAUAAUAACCAUUGCUUGGUUAGUCUUUGGAAUGUGGAUGGGGUGGAGUCCAAGAUCAAAUGUACGAAAUACUAGGAAUGGAAGGUCAAAAAAGACUGUCACACUGUUGCUGGGCUUAACCAUCCAUGCACUAGCCUUCUCCACAAUGCAGACACUGAUAUUUCACAAACAGGGCACUGGCAUUAAUAAGUAUAUCACAUCCAAUUUCCUGCAGAAUAAAAGAAAACAAGUGAGAACUGUAGCAAAUCAUUGCAGUGUGGAAUGCUCCUGUUCAGGGUUCCAGGCAAUCAGUUACGGAAUGUUCCAGAAUAUUCCAUUCCACCCUCUCUUCCGUUUCUCCACAUGCUCGGUCCCCAAUCAUCCUGUUCAAAAAGAAACUAAUUCCAGUUCAAGUUUGUCCUUUUACAAAACAGAUUAGUUCCUUUCAGGUUCAUCCUCAGCAAAAAUAAAAAAUCAGUGCUCAGAAUGUUACAAACUGCUGUAUAGGAUCUAAAGGUAAAUCAGGUAACUCAGUAAUAAGACAGGCAGAAUGUCAACAGGUGAAGCUUUUCUCAUAAUCGUGAACCUUCCCCUCUGCAGGGAGGUGGGACUGAUUCACAUGGUCCGCCCCCACCACUUAAUGGAUCCAAAUGGUUUCCAGAGAGUUGUAGGGGAUGUUUUAUCCCACGUUGAUGGUCUUUCAUUGGAUGCAACCAUAUAUAAUUUAAGAAGCAGGAACUAUUUAUUGUCUUCCAUAUGUAUUGCACAGAGGGUGGAAAUUUCCCUUGGCUCGUUGUUGUUGGUAAUUUGCAAUAAAGGUGGAUCAAAAAGGACCUGUUUGCAAAAGUAGAUCUAAAUUAUAAGUAUGAAACAGAGUUUGUUUUAAAAUGAAUUCCCAGCCGUAAAACAUUCCCUCUAUGAAAGCGUAACUUCCAUUGUUCUUUAUCAGAACAGUGACUUACUAAACAAAUAUUAUCAGAAGGCUGUUCAUGCUUCAGAUUGCAGUUUUUAAUCAUCAGAAUAUUAUGUACCACAGAAUCAUCAGAAGGAAAAAGAACCCACCAGCACAGGUUGGCUGGUUCAACUUGAGAGUCCAGCAGUGCAUAUCUCGGUAGUGGUGCCCACCCUGAGGAAUGCCCUCCCAUCAGAUGUCAAAGAGAACAACAACUACCAGACUUUUAGAAGACAUCUGAAGGCAGCCCUGUUUAGGGAAGCUUUUAAUGUUUGAUGUAUUACAGUAUUUUAAUAUUUUUUUGGAAGCCGUCCAGAGUGGCUGGGGAGGCCCAGCCAGAUGGGCGGGGUAUAAAUAAUAAAUUAUUAUUAUUAUUAUUAUUAUUAUUGGAAGUAACCAGAUAAUCUAAUAUGUGCAUAGGAUGUUUCUUUACCAACAUCAUGUUUGUGACUGAACUAGACCAGAAUGAAAAUCUGAUUGAUUUUUUGCUUUCUGCUAGUAUUACAUGCAUUCAAUUUUUUAUCCAUGGUUAGGAGAUUGGUACCAGUUCUUACCUCCCACCCUUUCUCUGGUUAGUAGUAGCUAAGACGUGGCAUUUCAUCUGCAGUGGCGCUUACCAAGGUAAAUUCUAAUACUGUUCAGCUUUAAUUCGGUUUAACUAGGUUUGCAAAGCAGCUUUCUAACCCUUGGUGCCAGUGCAGACACAGUUCUCUACCAUAGUUCACAGUAGCCAGGGAAGUGAGGAGGGAUAUUGCAGGGGCAAGAAGUGGAGGGAUUGUGCAAGCCCACACCUGACUUGGGUAAGAGAUGGGUAAGAUACUGUUAGUGUUUUAUUUAAGGUGGAAAGGUUGCCUACUUUACGUAAGACAAGCCUCUAUUAGCCAUCAGCUGCAUCUGUACAACAGACUGAGUGAUCACAGUCUUUCCCACUAUGGUGAAAUAUAUUGCAUUUCUAUUUAAAUUUUAGUAAGUCUACAGCUAUACAUAUUUUUAAAAUGGCACACGCAACUUUUAUACAAAUCGGUCUUCAUUUGUCUAAAGUUUUGGUAAUGCAUUUCCUUGGCUUUGGUGGUGCAAAGGUGGUGACCCAUGUUUUAUCUGCAUCAGGACACUGUGGGACAACCUUCAUUUCUAUCCCCAAAAUAAGUGGAAAUACGGAACUGGCCCUGUUCUGUUCUAUCUGAAAUCAACAGCUCACUGGCAACCUUUUUGUUCCACCAAUCCUUUUUUAUUCCUGUUUUCCAGAAGCUGGUGGCAACAGUGGAGGGAAAAAGCUCAAUUGUACAAUAUUGAUUUAAGCACAGGCUCUUACAGUAACUAUUUUAGAGUUCAGCAUGUAUGUGUGAAGGAGGGUGAUUAUUGGUAAUUUUUCUAUUUCUUCUUCUUUUGUAGACCGCAUUUAGGGUAGCUCGGUAGUCGAUUAUCCACAGUAUUUUGUGAUCUGUCUCACAGCAGUUGCAAACACAUGUUUUCUAUUUUGGGGGAGGAGGAACCUUAGCGACUCUGCAGGUUCUUCCUCACUUUGAUUUAUGAUGUGCUCUCCCAUCCUGAAAAAUAUUUUAGACUAAUCUGCAGAAGGAGUUAUUGUGAUGAGAUUGCUGUGUCAAAGCUGCUGGAAUCCAGCGAUGGCACAAGUAUAAUGCUGUUUCUAAUAAUUCACUCUGAUCUAUGGGGAGGUGUUAGCUGAAUAUAUCGGAGCCUGGUGAGGUAUCUUAUUCACCAGAGGGUAUUUAAGGUCUUAUUUCUCUCAAACUUUUACACAUUUUUUUCUUCUUGCCAAGGAUUCUUUAUUUCUGCUAUCAAUAUUUUCAAAGCGGUGCUUUGGAAGAAUAAUUUCAAAUCUAAGUUGAUAAUGAAUUAGGAAAGUGCCAAAGAGGAAAGAAUGUGCAUUCUUUUCUAAAUCUGAUGCUGAAAUGCAAGUGGGUUGAGUGGUUUUGUUUCUUUCUUUCAAAUGGCUGCACAGGCAACUUAUGUACAGAGAAAAACUAAAUUAUCUUAAAUUCAAAGCUUUAAAGCCAGCUGGACUCCAAGGUUUACACAUUAUUAUUCGUUUUUAUUAUUAUUUAUUAUAUUUCUACAUCACCCUUCAUCUGAAUAUCACAGGUUGGUUUACAAGAUAAAUACAGCCGUACCUUGGUUCUCAAACGCAUUGUGGCUCAAAUGUUUUGGCUCCCAAACGCUGCAAACCCGGAAGUGAGUGUUCCAGUUUGCGAACGUUUUUUGGAAGCUAAAUGUCUGAUGUGGCUUCCACAGCUUCCGACUUAGUGCAGGAAGUUUGUGCGGUCAAUCGGAAGCCACACCUUGGUUUUUGAACGUUUUCGGAAGUCGAACAGAGUUCUGGAAUGGAUUACGUUUGAGAACCAAGGUACGACUAUACAUAAAAACACAUAGCACAAUAGCAAACAGAAACAUUAACCCCCACACACAAUUUAAAAAGUAAUAGAUUGUUAAUUAGUCAAAGGCCUGGGAGGAAAGGAUUUUUUUUUUAAUUGGCCUGGUGCCUAGAGAUAUAUAACAAAGACACCAACUGAGCCUCAAUGUGGGGACAAAAAUUGUUUACCCAGUGGUUAUCUCAUAGACAAUCUAGGUGUGACAAAGCAGCUCUCUACUUCCGCUCUGUCCCAAUAAGAAAAAGUGGCGGUGCCUAUUUCAAAAGGAAAAUCUAUGCUAAAAAUGUAUGCUUAUACAAGAUGGCUUGGGACAUUCCUUCUCUCCCAGCAGUGUCCUGAAUCCCAUCUCAUGCUGUUCAGGAGGUUUGCUUAAUCCUCCUGAGAGCUUUCUGGAGGAGGCAGGAGAUUGGAGAGCAGGGAGAAGGGCAUUGGCAACCCUUGUAUCAACUUCCUUCCACUUGUAUUGCAGAGGAUCUAAGCCAUCAGACUCUACAAGUGUCCCUAUUUACCAGGGACGUCCCUGAUUUAAAGAAGCCAUUCCAAUUUGUGAUUUGAUCCCAGAAUGUCCCGCUUUUCCUUAGGCCGUCCCUAUUUUCAUCAGGAAAAUGUUAGAGGGUGUGGUAGGAUGUCUCUAUUUUCAUUGGAGAAAUGUUGGAGGGUUUUUUUUGCAAUUAUUUGACUCCCAAGCUGUCUGAAGGCAAUCCUGUACAGUGGUACCUCAGGUUAAGUCCUUAAUUCGUUCCGGAGGUCUGUUCUUAAUCUGAAACUGUUCUUAACCUGAAGCACCACUUUAGCUAAUGGGGCCUCCUGCUGCCGCCGCGCCGCCAGAGCACAAUUUCUGUUCUCAUCCUGAAGCAAAGUUCUUAACCUGAAGCACUAUUUCUGGGUUAGCGGAGUCUGUAACCUGAAGUGUAUGUAACCUGAGGUACCACUGUAUAGGGAAGGGGGUAUUUUUUUAAAAAAAUGUUUAAUGUAUUAUUGUGUUUUUAUAUAUGUUGGAAGCUGCCCAGAGUGGCUGGGACAACCCAGUGUGUGGGGUAUAAAUAGUAAAAUUAUUAUGAUGGAAUGGGACAUCCCUAUUUUCAUAGGAGAAAUGUUGGAGGGCAUGAGCCACUAUUAUUAGCACUGGAGUUUUUAUCCCAUUCUUCAGUCUAAAAAGGUUCCUAGAGCAGUUUGCAAUGACUGCUCCCCACAUUAAAUGGGGGCGCCCUUUGCGUGGUCAUGUGCAGCCCCCUGGACCCUAUGUAGCACCAUUAGCACCAUUAGCUAGCACAGGCUUGGCUUGGCCUUCCCCAGGUGGGAUACCUGGAGAUCUCCGCCUACCUCAGCCAGUUGCCCAAUCCCGCCUGGGGAGGCGUUGCCAAGGUGAUCAAGCCAGGUAGGGGGAGGGACUACCUGUCCACACAAUAGGGGGAGGAUCUUACCAGGGAAUUGUCAGUUGGCUCCAGACUCUGAUAUAUAGUGGGAGGGUGAAGUGGGUUUUUUCUCAGAAGGGUAGUAGGAGAUGGGAGAGUAGGAGAGUAGCCAUCUCCUACUACCCUUCUGAGAAAAACCCCACCCCACCCUGCCACUAUAUAUAAGGGUCUGGUGACUGCUGUUUCAGUGUAUCUGAAGAAGUGUGCACAUGAAAGCUUAUACCCAGAACAAACUUAGUUGGUCUCUAAGGUGCUCCUAAAAAUAUUCAUGUGUUCAAAGUAGUAACUUUUUUACUUUCCAAACUGCAGGUUCAAGAGGCCUGAUCUGGACCCCUCCAUACAUUUAAAAUGCAAAGAUAUGUAGUUCUAGUUUAGGCCUACAUUGACCACCAGGGCAUUGCUUUUUUAAAAAAAAAUAGGUCAAUUUAAAUAAAUAAAUUAAAUUAAAUUAAAUUAAAAGGCUCACAUUUCUUUUCUCUCAACAGAUUCAAGGGACAAUCUUCCCAGCUCCUACUUUUGACCCUGUUAUGGAUGCCCAGGUUCUCGGGGGAGCUCUACAAGGAAUGGGUAUGCAAAUAUCUUAACUAACAUUCAGAACCAAUCCUUUAUUCUGAAAUUUCUUUAGAUUUAAUAGAUGCACAGAUACUAGCACCAAAAGCCAGUGGGAGGGGAGGGCAGAGAACAAAUGUUAUAUAUCCGAUUAUCUAGAUCCAUUUGAGACCGGUUUCAGGCCUAGGUCUGGCACCAAAACAGCCUUGGCUGCCCUGAUUGAUAUCUCUGCUAGGAGAGAGAGAUGGGGAGUAAGACCCUACUGGUUCUCUUUGACCUCUCAGUAGCUUUUGACACCAUUGGCCAUGGUAUUCUUCUGGAGUUUUGCAGGGAGGUGGGAUUUGGAGACACUGUGGGUCACUACCAGAAAGUACUAGGAUAUUGUCACUCAACUCAAUGACUUUUGAGUUGUAGGGUUCCACAAGGGUUCAUUCUGUCUCCUGUGCUAUCUAAUAUCUAUAUGAAACCAUUGGGAGCUGCCAUCUAGAUAGCUGGAGCAUGGCGUCCUCAGUCUGCUGAUAACAUGCAGCUCUAUCUUUCCAUUCCAUCGGAAUCAGGAGAUGAUGUGACAAUGUUGGACAGGUGACUGGAAGCAGUGAUGGACUAGAUAAGGGCCAAUUGACUAAGACCAAUUCCUGAUAAGAUGGGGGUCCUGGUGUGUGUGUGUGUGUGUGUGUGUGUGUGUGAAGGGUUCCCUGAUCUGGAAAUAGUAUUUUUAACUCUUUGGGGAUGUUAUAACUCUGGUUUUUAGGUGUUUAGGUUUUAGCUAUUUUGUUGUUGAUGUGGUUUGGGCUCCUUUGGGAAGAAAGGUGGGAGAUGAUACAGAUACAGAUGAUACAGAUACAGUCCAGCAUUAUCACUGGGGAGAAUUAAGAGUAUAUUCAGCAGACAAAAAAUACUGUGAAAACUUUUUAAGAAAAUAAAGGAGAAUCCUUUUUUUCACUCCCUGCUUUAUGGGGAAAAAACCCAAAAGAGUCUUAAUUAUAUUCAGAAGUAUUUUUUAAAAAAGAAAAAACACCAGCUUUAACAAGGAGAAAACAAAGGCUUUCCAAGCUCCUGUCUCGCUAUACUCAACACUCCAGAUCAUUAGUGGUAGGCAAGCUGUCUUCUAGGAAAAUGUGCCUGUCCAUAAUGAUCUUGUCUUAUCGAUAAGCUACUGAAACUCCUGAAAAAGUUCUGACAUCCUCCAGGAUUGCCCAGAACAGUUUUUAAAUCACUGCUUUUAAGUUAUCAUUUUAGUACUAAACCCCAAUCAUAAGCCAGAAACCAUACACAUUCUUCUUCUCUUUUUAGAAUUGGGUUCCCAAAGCACGGAGCAUUACUCAGAGGCUACUGUGGAGGAAACAGAAAAUAAAAGAGCUCCUGUAUUUAUUAUACAAUCCCUUUGCACACAUAUAUAUGUAGUUUCAAUCAGUAAUCCAAUUGUAAGUAGCCAUAAAAACUGGAGCUCAGUAACAUUAAAAUAAAGAUUUAAACAGUAUCUGAAGGAUGUAAACACAAGGGUCAGAUAUAAAUCUUUACGCAAUGACGAGCUCUUGUUCCAUGAAAGCCAUUAUCCAUUCUCUUGAUGUGCUCAUGUCCAUUGCCCUUGAGAGAUAUGGCAAUGCAUCUGAUAAUGCUAACUAUUUGUCAGUGGCACACCAGCAAGUCACAGGCACAUAAGUACUUUAAAUACCACUGGGGAUUGUAAAUGCCAAUGGGAUAUUCAUUUGUUGAUAUUUUUUCUGCAGGAAAUGCAAUUAACACAGUGGAAUAAAGCACAGCAACCACUGCCCAGUGCCAAUAACACUGGCAUGAUAAACAAGUAACUGCUCCCUAAUCUAAUAAUUAUAUUUUCUUUCUCUUAAAGAUUGUGAUAAAGACGUUCUAAUUAAUAUUCUAACGCAGCGCUGCAAUGCUCAGAGACUCAUGAUUGCCGAGGCUUACAGGAACAUGUAUGGCAGGGUAGGUUUUGAUCAUUUUGUUCACAACUAUAGUUUUCAGUCUCCUGUUCCUAUCACUGUUACUGGUUUUAUAUAUAUUUUUCUGGUGUAUCCAGAAGUACUGCCAUCUCAUUUGUUGGCUACAUGUGAAUGAAGAACUAUUUGUUUCACAGUCAUCAUAGGAACUUCAGGUCUGUGGGCUAAUAAAGUUCUUAUUCCAUUUCUCCAUCACUUUGACCGUGUCUUGUUUUUGAUCCAGCAGAAGACUUACCUUCAUGGGUCAUGUCUACUGGGAUGAAGUCUAUAUGCCAGAAUAUAAAAAGCACCAGUUUAGGUGAACCAGAGUUCUUGUAGUGGUUAGAUUGUCAGACUAAGACCUGGGAGAGACAAGUGUUCAAGUUCCCUUUCAGCAAUGAAGCUCAGUGGAUGACUUUGGGCCAGUCACUGCCUCUCAGCCUAACCUACCUCACAGGGUUAUUGUGGGUAUUAAAUGAGGAAGGGAACCAUGCAUUUCACCUUGAACUUUUUGAGCAUCUUGGAUUUUAAAAAAUGGAGAUAUAAAUGCAAUAAUAAGAAUAAGAAUAAUGGAAUCUCUUCUCUCUCUCCCCUUUGAACAAAAUGCGCAUACAAACAUACACCUGAUGCUAUUUCAACUUUUUUUUUUACAACUUUCCAAAAAUCUUCUCAUGCAAUAUGGGAUGCUACUGCUCAAGAAACACUACUGCAAAGCACCUUUGAGUUACAGAUCUCCUUGGCCCCAAGAAUGAGCAUGUGGAGGUCAUUAGGACAUGUGAAGAGCUCUGCUGGAUCAGGCCAGUGGACCAUCUAGUCCAGAUCCUGUUUUCACAAUGGCCAACCAGAUACUGAUGGAAAGCACACAAGCAGAACCUGAGCAUAACAAUACCCUCCCCAGCUACAAUUCUCAGCAACUGGUAUUCAGAAUCUUACUGCCUCCAACAGUAGAGGCAGAGUACAGCAGUCCUGGAUAGUAGCUAUUCAUAGCCUUAGCCUCCAUAAAUGUGUCCAAUUCACUUAAAAAACCAUCCAAGUUGGUGGCCACCAGUAUCUGUUGCCGAUGUGAAUUCCAUAGUUCAACUACACGCUGUGUGAAGAAGUACUUGUUUUUGUCUGUCCUGAAAUCCAACAUCCAAGACUUAGUGGAUGGCAGCAUGGUGGGAGGCCCUUGCAAACUCUUUCUGAAGGAGCUAAUUGGGUGUGUUGAGACAUGAUGCUAAACUAUGGCUUGGCAUUAUGUGAAUGAGUUUUGGACAUGUCCAAACCCUUCUGGUUAGCAUUAACCUUGGUUUAAGGAAACAUGUCAUAAAACCCUGGUUUGUUCCCUAAACCAGUAAGAACAGUUCCAUGUCUGAAUUAGAUCAUGUGAUUUAUCUAGGGCUGGGUUGGACAGUGGGCAGCCAUGGUGUUUUAGCACGGGAAAUGUUCUUUUUAAAUGAAAUCCUCCAAAAAAGGGUUUACUCUCACCUAAAACAGAUUGUCUGGGCCUCUUCAUCCUUAAUGUAACAAUCACAUUUGCUGGUAAAUAUCCUUAAAUGAGAAGUGUGGAAACUUAAAGGAAAAGCCUUUCCUCCAUAAUGCUUCUGAUGGUUCUAUAGUACCUAAUAUUCUGUUCAGAUAUUACCUCAGAGGACAGCCAAAGAUCACCAAAGUGGAGGACAGGAAAUGCCACUUGAAUUAGCUUGCCAUCAUAGGGCCAUUUCUGUGGAUGAUAUGAUUAGCAUGAGAAUUUGUGUAAGCCAUUUCCAGCAGGGCUAUAAAGCAGGCUAUAAGUAUCCUAAAUAAAUGUGUGUGUGCGUGGCAAAUGUGAUUGUCAGAUAAAAUUUCGUGCAAGCCAGAUCCUUUAUCCAAGUAUCAGCUGUUGUAUCAGGUAUCAGGACUGGGAAAAUCCUGAUGCCACACUACACCCACCUAUGAGAUGAUCUCAUAGUCUUUAUGUGCAGGGAGAAAGAAGUGCACUGUAUGACUGCAUCAAGGGACCAGGAUCGCUGUCCUGUCUGCUGACUGAUAUCCAUGGGUCCAUGUAAGACACCCUUGAGCCAACAAAGGCUGACACAGCUCAGAACAGUUGCAGAGAAGCUAAAAGAGCUAUAAGGCUGUUGCUUUCAGUUCUAAGAUCAUUAAUGAGGAAGUUGAAAACGCUGGCAUUAUAAUGAAUUGCAAAUUGCAAAAUGAAUUUUUAAAAAGCAAAAACAGAUGCAAGUUGAAGCACAUAGUUCCACUGAGACACAUAUUUCCGUUAAAACAUCCAAACUGGUUCUCUCAUUUAGACCUAAGCACAAACUUCUCUGAGAUGCCUUCUUACAAUUACCCUAUGCUUAUUUCUCAUAACCGAGAUAAUUAGAAAAUGUUAAUAAUGACAAUUCAGAGUUAGUUGUCUUGUCUUAUUUUUCACUGCUCUUCUCCAUUUACCCUAGUUCUAAUUGCAGGGGGUAAUUUUUAAUUAGUCUCCAUUUGUAUUAUUAAUCAAUUCCUACAGGCAUGCUGUCAGCAGCAAAUGUCUUAAUGAAUUAAUUUCUAUUCCACAUGUGAUUUAGUGGCUGUCAAAUGUAUCUAAUGUGCAUUCAGCAAAGAUUACAUAUUGUUUCUUCAUCAUAAAUUCAUUUUUAAUUUGUAUGUCUCUUUCCUCAUUGCUGCUCUGCCUGCUAUGUUAAUUAUAUUCACUGGGCCUGUGGUUACCUUUAAUUAUUCGCCUUCUGAGAGCAGCUUUUGCAUUAGCCGUGCUAUAUUUCAUUCAUAGUUUAUAUUACCCCUUUAUUGCUAGAUCCCUUGGUAAUGAAAGUAAUCAUACACAAUUCACAAAGAAACACUUAAAGCCAAGUUGCACUGGAGGACACAUCCCCUUGUGUUUUGAUUCAGUCAAUCAAAAUCUAGACCUUGAAUUGGUGAUCAAAGCAAAAUAAAGGCUGGUAAAUUGAAGGAAAGACAAUAUGCUCCUACCCAGUAAAUAUGAUUCAUCUAUGGAUGGAGGCUGAGUGAGGAAUCAGCUGCUGAAAGAAGUACCAUACAUGCAAAGAAUGGUAAAUAUCUGGUAUAAAAGGACUGUAUACACAGUGAGCCCUUCUAGAGUUGUACUACACCAGGGGUGUGGGUGUCUGCCUCCUUUAACAGAUGGUCAUCACACCAGCUGUGGCAGCACCAAGCAGGGUGUGAAGAACAAACCUUCCAACAGGUGAUAGGCACUGAUAUAGUUGAUCAUGCCAAUUUUUUGUACAAUAUCCACAGCUACACAUGAAGUAAUUUUAAUGGGGGCUUGGGCAUUCUGGGAAUAGUGCUAACACACACACACACACACACACACACACACACACACAAAUUCCAUCCCCUCCAAGCAUCCUGAUUUUCCAGGGCCAGCCCUCUCAUUACAGAAGCCAUUCAGGUUUCUGAUUUGAUCCUGAAAUAUUCCUUUUUUCAUUUUUCCUCCACAUCUCAGAGAACAAUUAAAAGUGGUGCAUGUAGGUACAAAAAUGGAGUCCUGUUUACACUGAAAAGAAAAACCUUGCACUAGAUGAAGGAAACGGUGAAGGCCUUCCUAUAAUUUUGAAGGAAAAGGUCACCAAUCCACUUUAAAUUCUGUAAUUGCAAUGCUUCAGCAGCCAACCAUUUCUUAGGAAACAUGGGGGGUGUUGAAUCCUUUAUUUACAAGUGGAGUUGAUUUGCAAAUGGAGCCUGACACUGUCUACUCAGAAGGAAGCCUUACUGUAUUCAGUGGAGCUUACCCCCAGGUAACUGGGUCAAGACUGGGCAGCUUUCACUGCAAUCCAAAGCAUUUUUACUCGGAACUAAGUUCAAAAGGAUUUACUCUCUGGUAUGUUCCUGAUCAUUCUCACAGUUUCCGUUGUUGUUGAGGGUAAGUGGUUUUCUACUUGGUAUGUUCAGUGUGACAAAGCUGCAGAACGCCUCCUCACUAUUACUAAGAUUGUACAGUACACAUGAUUAUUUCAUCACUCAUAUACAGUAAAUGAAUUUGCACUGAGAAAUGCAAGAUGUGCAGGAUAACGAAAGAUCACUUUCUUUUCCCAAGGAUUUACUACUGGACCUGAAAGAAACUCUCUCGGGUCAUUUCAAGGAAGUUAUGGUUGGCCUGAUGUAUCCGCCUGCAUCAUAUGAUGCCCAUGAACUCUGGCAUGCUAUGAAGGUACUUGUUGAACCCUUGUAGACAUUUUUAUAUAGUUUAUUUAUUGAGAUUUGGCUACAGACCAUAAGGUUAGGAUUUUAUUAUUGAAUCUGGAGUGAAUAUAUCAAUAUUAAGUCCAGGUUACCUAGCAGCAGGGAUGGACUUAGGUCUUUCAGAUUUUAGCAGUGCCCUAUGUGAGGUUGAAAUUCAAGGGCCUCUAUCUCUUGCCUUCUCUUCUGCUCCAUUCACUAUGUCACAGUUGUUACACCCUAAGACGCCCUCUAGGCUUGGCACCUAGUGCAGCAGACCCAGCUGAGCUGCCUCUGAUAGCAAACCACCUCUCCCUUGGACAGACCAAGCUGAUCACUAAGAUCUUCCAAGGAGACCCUGCUUGUCAUUCCACAACCCGCAGAUUGUCUCUUAAUGGUAAGGUGAAAGAUCUUCUUGAUGAAAACCGCCAAUCUCUAGAAUGCCCUCCCUAGCAUAAGACAGAGAUACUAAUUACUAGGGCUGGGCAAUACAUCGUUAUAUCACCCAAAACCACUUUGAAGUUCACAUUGUGAUAAUUGUUUCAUAAUAUUUGAGCUGGCAAUGUAGUGUGAAUCACAAUGUGUGUAAGGGCUAGGCAAUAUCUGGUUUUCAACAUCACAAUAACUCAACAGCUAAACAUUGCAAUGUUAUCAGGAGCUAAACCUCACAAUUUCACCAGCUAAACAUUGCAGUCUACCACAAUGUCUGAAAUAAAGAUGGAACUAUACAGAGGUGAAUCGGACAAUAUCCUGGCAACUGCUACAACUUAGAGGUCUAUCCUGGCAACUGAUACUACUUAGGGGUCUUUUUACCUAGCUCUUAGAUACUUUUAUUGAAUAGUAUUGUUUGUACUUUUUAUGUAAACUGCUUAGAGAUUAUUAAUAUAUCAAGUAGUAUAAGCAUUUUAUAAAUAAAUAAAAUGGGAGAAAAUAUGUACAUGAUAACUGGGAAUUCCACAUAUUUUAGGUAUAUAUUUAAUCAUUUGACUAAAAAGCAUGGAACAAACUUGUGUAUCACUAUAAACAAGGACCAUAAACCAGAACAAAAGCAGCUGAUUGUUCAUCACAAAUUAAUUUUUAUGGCCAACAUGUGGAACUAAUAGCUACUACUGUCCUGCUAUUAUCUCCAAUUCUGCACACAAACAUACCCAUUGCAACUGUCAAUGGUGAAGCUAUUUCUACAUGGACUCAAACCUUGUUCCCAUAAUGGUUUGCCUAAGCAUGAAAUAGCCACAUUGCCUGGUCCCCUGCAUAUUUAUUCAGAAUUUCAGUGAGAUGGCUCAUUCUCAGAUAAGUGCACCUGGGGUUCCAGUCUUAGCAUAGCAGCAUGCUACCAAGCUUCAUGUGUGCAACUGGGACAAUACACAGUAACAAAGCAGAGCGCACUAUCACUGCUUCACAAGCCUGAUCUUCUUCCAUACUUGCUGCAGAGAGACUUCUUCAGCCCAAAUUUAAUCCAUCUGAACUGGCGAAGCAGGGAGAAAGCACUCUACUUCAUCAACCCAAUCUAGAUUGCUUUCUUCCUCAGUGGUCACCUCAAGGCAAUUAUGGAGGAAGCAGAACAGGACAGAUUAAGGAGAUGGCAAGUCAGCGAGAUGAAAAAGGGUGUCCAAGGGAGAGUGCCAUGGACCAGAUUCAGAGACCUGGAAGUCUAGAUUGGACCCAUGGGCUGCAGGUUCCAGAUACCUUUUUUGACUGUUUCAUAAGGACACCAUAAUACUGGCACACUUCAUUUGGAACUGAAAUAUCACUAAUAUUACUGCAGCUUAUCUCAUUUUCCACCUUUUUUAUCGAAGGAAUGGCAAUGCUUAAAUUCAAAAUGUCACAGGCUUAGGCAGUCCAAUGCUCAGUGACCAAUGCACUGCUAAAAAGCAAUGAGAUUUUUCAAAUCACUGCUUCUCAGGAAAACAAGAACUUGAGGAAAAACAUGGCAUGCUGUAUUUAUUCUAAAUAAAUGGAUUUGUAAGCACUGUUUAUACUAGCAAUGUUUUUUUCUGCUUUGACAUAGGGGGCUGGCACAGAGGAGAAUUGCCUCAUUGACAUAUUAGCCUCGAGAUCAAAUGGAGAGAUCUUCCAGAUGAAGGAGGCCUACCUAAUGCGUAAUAAUCCCCAUUGUUUCCUGCAAAAAUGUACAGUUGCAGCUGCAAUCUAGAAGAGGCUAAAUGCCUAAUUAUAUUACAAGCCCACAUGCUUCCUGCUACUUUUGUCAUUGGUUUCCCCUCAAAAUCCUGGGAAUUGUACUUUGAAGAGGUGCUGACAGGAUUCCACACAUACACACAUACCAGAAAAACUAGAGUCAUUAUUAUUCUUAAACUACUUUGAGGCUGCAAUCCUAUAUAUACUUACUUGGGAGUAAGCCUCAGUGAAUACAGUUGUUCUUACAUCCAAGCAAACACCAUAGGAUUAAGCGGUCACCCUGUAGCACAUGUAAGCUUUAAAUAUGCCUCUAUUUUCCAAACCAACCAGUUCUUCCUUGCUUUAAAAAAAUAGGUGUUUGGAGAGGGGGUGGCUUGCGUAGGCAACAAAGUGCAAUAGCAACACCUUUCUUACUCCAUCCCUUAAUUAAGAUGUGUUUUAGAAAUAAAAUGCACAGCUCUACUUUAUUUCUCUGAAAAUUUAUAUGCAGUAAAAUGAGGGUUCUGAUAACCAUUGGGCAUGAUCGUGAGCCAGUGUGGUGCAGUGGUUAAGAGCGGUAGAUUCGUAAUCUGGUGAACUAGGUUCGCAUCCUGGCUCCUCCACAUGCAGCUGCUGGGUGACCUUGGGCUAAUCACACUUCUCUGAAGUCUCUCAGCCCCACUCACCUCACAGAGUGUUUGUUGUGGGGGAGGAAGGGAAAGGAGAAUGUUAACCGCUUUGAGACUCCUUCGGGUAGUGAUAAAGCGGGAUAUCAAAUCCAAACUUUUCUUCAACUCCAUGUUUAAUACUAAGCAUAACUAAAACAGCACAAUUAUUCUGUGGCCACAAGGAGCUUUUUGUUAUCCUACUAAUUUCCCUCAUUGAAGAUGUGGGAAAGGACCAGACCACGAAUCAUUUGUUAAGUAAAAAGGUGGCAUUAUUAUGUCAUUAGAGCAGGAUCUCAAUACUAUUCCACAUUGGAAGAAAAAACAAUUUUUAAAAUUGCAUAAAAUUUGGUUAUAAUUAAUUCAUAUACAUUAUAUGAAUAUAUUUUUGUAUCUUUGAGUUCCUAUGUUUACUUUGUAGAAUGCCUCCUAAUCAGGGUGUAGCAUGUAGAGAACCAGUAUUUCCCAUUAAUAAAAUGAAGAUAUUAUGCUUCACACAGUGUCAUUUUAGGGACUCUUUUUGCAGUUGCUGUUUGAGAACAUACUUUGCUUACUAUGCUAAGUCUCUUCUGCAGCAUAGUUAUCAUGAUAAUUAUUAUUUACCUGCUUGGUGUAGAAUAUUCACACCCUUCCAGUCCAUCUCCUGUUCCCAAUAUCCUUAUAUUAGAGACAAAUUAAUUUCCUCCAAGUUGUGCAGCUCAGUGGGUUUCCACAUUGACUUGCUUGCCAAGAAACCUUCUAUCCCUCCAACAGAACCUCUGUGUCCCAAAGGAUUCAAUGAAAUGGUCCAUAGUGCACAGCCAGCUCACAAGAGCCUGGUCAUCAUUUCACACAAAUUAAUUGUGCAUGCACACAAAAGUACACACACACACACACACACACACACACACACCCUGCAGAUGCACCUUGCAAGGGGUAAUUGUGCAAGUUGUUUCUCAGCGAAGCGAAGCUGCCAUUACUGCUCUUCUCGCAGCAGGAUUGCUUUUAUUCUUGAAUUCUUUGUCCUAGUGAAAUUAUUUACCUUUUCAGUGUUAAGCACCUUGUGUCACGGCUACAGUCUAGCCAGUAGAGAAUUCUUUAGCCUUUUGAAAGGCAUUGAUUGGACAUCUUUUGACAUGUGAAAUAUCAGCUUUUACUCAUUCGUAGUUGAAAUGCAUUUAUUGUGUUCUUCCUAGAAUAUGAUAGUGACCUUCUUCAAGAUAUUGAUUCUGAGACCUCUGGACACUUUAGGGAUACACUUAUGAACCUUGCUCAGGUAUAGUUUGCAUAAUUAUUUGAAGAAUUGCAUGGUUAAAAAGGCAAAAAUAUUUGUGUUGUCCUGUGUUGAUUGGAAUUUUUAAAAUGAACUUUUGUAGAAUGAAUAGGGGAGAAUUCUUUCUGAAUUUUCAUCUACAACUUAUUUUUUAUUUAUUUAGAAGAUUUCUAUCCUGCCUGUCAGUCCUAAUGAUCCUCAAGGUGGCUUACACUGUCUCUGUAAUACACACUUCUUUGGCCAUGUGAAAUCUCUUGUUUCUAAUUGCAGAAGCAGAACUCACCACUCACCUUAUUUCAAAUGGUAUAUUCACAAGGUAUCUGUGGUCUAGUUCACACUGAUGCCAUCCCACUCCCUCUGUAAUUUCCUGAUUCACAGUAAGCCAAAGUCUGCCAUUGCAUCUGAAUCAGUAAACUAUGGUUUGCACUUGACCUCCAGACACAAAAUGGAAGUUAUGCUUUCAAUAUAUAUUCCAGUUCUGGCUUGAAAGGCAAGCACUAGCCAGAUAUUGUGAAUUUGGAUGAGAAACUAUGGCUUGUACUAAGUAAGGGGCAGAAAUCAGAGUGCAUGAGGGGUGCAGGGGGGAAUGUAACACUAAAGCUUCAUGUAACACUAAAACAUGGUUUGCAUGUCAUAGGUGGGUGUUUAAUCAGAUGUGCUGUUGUCUGUAAAAUGAAAAUGAAAGAUAGGGUGGACAGUGUUUAAAAUAACCAGGUUUAGGGGAUGGUAAGAGUGCCUAUAUGAGUGCAUGUAUCCAUGGUUCAAUAUUGAAAGCUGUGUGCAGUGCCCUCAUCUGAGUAGCUACAACUAGCUCCAUGUCAAAUUAAAGCGAUAAAUGGGCUUCCAGGGCAAGGGGUGUAGCACACUACCAUAAUCACCACAAAUUCUCACUUCAAGUUAUUUAUUUCCAGGGAACGAGACAAGAAGGGUAUGCAGAUCCUGUUAUGGCUGCUCAGGAUGCUAUGGUAUCCAACAAUUUUCAAAAUUAGUUUGAAAAGUUGUUUGAUGUAAUCGCCUCCAGCUCACCGUUGUUGUUCUUCUAAUGAUCUAGGUCAUAUGGGAAGCCUGCCAGCAAAAAACUGGAGAACACAAGAACAUGCUGCAGAUGAUUCUGUGCAACAAGAGCUACCAGCAGUUGUGGAUGGGUAAUUCCUUUUCAUCACGGCUUCACUAUGUCAAUCUGUAACAGAAAGAGUCAUACAGCACUUGACAUGCCCAAACGCUAGUAUUCCCAGAAAUCAGCUAACUUGGUUUAAUUCAAACGGAUUGCAUUUGAAGGCCAAUUAAUACAUAUGAAUGCAUAUUUCACUGAGGACAAGGCUAUCGAAGGCUGCCAGCCAUGAUGGCUAUGUUCUAGCUCCAUCGUUGAAUUGGGCUUUGCCUCUGAACGCCAGUCAUGCACAAGUCCUGUUUGCAGGCUUUGCAAGGAAUCUGGUUGGCCAUUGUGAGAACAAGCCGGUGGUCUAGAUGGGCCUUUGGCCUGAUCCAGCAAAGCUUUUCUUACUUUCUUAUGAAGCAGCUUCCCCCCCCCCCCCAUGCCCAAACACAUCUUCCGAUAUGUGGGCUGACCUAGAUGGACCACAAUGCCAAAUGGGUCCAUUGCCCAAUGCACACACUUUUUUGCUGUGCUGAACUGAUAGCCAUGUACAGAAGGAACAUAUCUGAAACAACACCAUUGUGUAAAAGAGCCAGAGAAUAGACUGUGUAGAAUCUAUCAUACUGAUGUUCUCACCUUGGCCAAAUAAGUUGCAAGUGGCAAUGGCUACUAUAGUUGCUACAUACAGCGUACAUGCCUAGUUGUUGGCAUCUGUCUGUCUUGGGAGACAGUGGAGGAGUGUGCCUUUCAGGGUGAAGUCAAACUGUUGGAAGGUUGCAGUGCCUGCUGUGGCUGUAGAGACUGAUACAAAAGAGACAUGUUUUGUUGCAAUGGGGGCAGAUGAAGGCUAUUAUUAUUCUUUUCUCAGUUUAAGCAGUAGUGAUUGUCAAAGCACAUUCCUUGGCAAAGAGGCCAAUAUUUUUUUCAAAUUAUUGAAUACUGUAUUAGAUCUUUAUUUUAAAAUCUUCAAACUAUCGGUGAACUGGAGCCCUAAUAUUCCAAUUCAUUUAUUAAAAUUAACUGAGAAAAAACUAACUCCUCACCAGCCAUAUAUUUUCUUAAGUUUUCCAGGAGUUUCAGAAUAUCUCUGGACAAGAUAUAGUAGAUGCCAUUAAUCAAUGUUAUGAUGGAUACUUUCAGGAACUACUGGUUGCAAUAGGUAACAAAAUAUUUAUAAAUUUCACUAUACUAUGCUAUUACUUUUAUGUUUUAAUAUCCUUUAUAUCAUCCCUUUCUUAAAGUGACACAUUUUGUAUUUAUGCAAUACAUUACCACAUAUACAAAAAUGAAAAAAAUGAAAUGCAAUCUGGGAAAAGCACUAUGUUCAUUUAAAAUAACACUGCAAUAAGCUCUCUAACCUACCAGCUACUAUUCGCCUGGAGAAAAUUGCUGCUCACUCUGAAUGAGCAGAUAAUUGUACUUGUGUUUUAUUGCUAUUGCUACAGAUUUCCUGCACCACGUUCAGGAAGUCUAGAUCUUCACUCAGUGAAACUAUUGACAAUGGUUAAAGCUUUUUAGACUCCAGUUUAAAUACAGCUUUUCUAUGGAAUUGGUCUUGUUGACAUCUGAAGAGACCAUUUCGAACUGUAAAAUAUUUAAUGAAAUAGAUGGCACAAAGACAAUUAAUUGCCUGCAGCCUUUGAAACUUCUAGUGAGUAAUUAUGUUGCUAGCCCCACUAGAAGAUUGGAAAACAAAACAUUUUAAGGCCAACACUGUUCAUGAUGCUGGAGUGUCAUAGAGCUAACUAUAAACUAUGGAAUUUUAAGUCACUUCAGAUAUCAGCGUUCAUUCUGUUUGUUUCUUCCAUUCGAACCCAUUCACCACCAACUGUCAGAAAAACAUAUCCACAAAAGGUGGAAAGAAAUGGAUGGGCUCAUACCACCCAAGACACAGCUAAUGAUUAUUAAUGUCAAAUUUGUUUCAAUUUUUAAGUUUGUAACAUUGUUGUCUGAUUUCCCCCUCAGUUCUGUGUGUCAGAGACAAAGCUUCCUAUUUUGCAUAUAGACUUUACAAUGCGAUUCACGUGAGUAUUCGCGUAAUUUGAGAAACACAAUUUUGCUAUUAUUUAGUUUGUAUGUGGCCCCAUUCUCCUCUAAAUGAGUUGUAAUCCUCAGUUUUAAAGUGCUGCUUCCUAGCUUUAGGGCUUUCUCAUAAUCACAAUCAUGUCAAUCACAAAUCCCAAACAAUCCACCUUGUAGUGACAAAUGCAAAUGCAACCCAACAACACUUUUCCAAAAAUGGUUCGGGAUACAAAUUACUGCCAGGUUUACAACCUAAUGCUAAAUGUUUCUACUCAGAAAUAAGUUUGGUGGGACAUAGAUGGCACCUACACCAUACAUUUAUGAACAUUUAUGGCACUUCAACAGUAAUGACUUUCCCCAAAGAAUACUUAGGAUUGUAAUCUUAAACCCUGUUAGUUACAUCUGGGAGCAGGUGGCACUGUGGUCUAAACCACUGAGCCUCUUGGGCUUGCUGAUCGGAAGGUCAGCAGUUCAAAUCCACAAGACAGGGUGAGCUCCCGUUACUCUGUCCCAGCUUCUGCCAACCUACUGUAGCAGUUCAAAAGCACACCAGUGCAAGUAGAUAAAUAGGUACCACCGGGACGGGAAGAUUAACAGCAUUUCCAUAUGCUCAAGCACUCAUCACGGUGUCCUGUUGUGCCAGAAGCGGUUUAGUCAUGCUGGCCACAUGACCCAGAAAGCUGUCUGUGUUCAAAUGCCGGCUGCCUCAGCCUGAAAGUGAGAUGAGUACCACAACCCCAUAGUCACCCUUGACUGGACUUAACCAUCCAGAGGUCCUUUACCUUUGUACUUUUUACAUCUGGGAAUAUGGGACCGUACAUUUAACCAACCCUCAUUGAAGUGCAGUUCUUUCCAGCAUCCCAUAUGCUCAGGGUAAACACGUGAAGUGGGGAACCUUCUCUAGUUAUACAUCUUAGAAGCCUGGAAGAACCUGCUGCAGAUUAUUUCUCUGAAUAGGUGAGAAUGUAGAAGGAGCCAGGUGACAACAGGGGCAGUGCUAAAGGCAGAGUUUUAGCCCUUCACAUGAGUAAUGACUAAAGGAGCCUUAAGGGCCAUGCUAUUUAAACAAGGCAACAUUGGUAGGGAUGGAAGAGCUGGUGUCAAAAAGUGACUGCAUCAGAAAUUUUCCAUAGCCAAUUGCUUAGAAGAAUGAGAUUCUACUCUAAACUGCCCUCCCAGUGGACAAAUGCCAGUGUGAGAAAUUGGUGGACUCUCCACCAGAGAUUUUUAAGCAGAGGUUGAAUAGCCACCUGUCAAAGAUUCUUUAGUUGUGAUUCCCUCAUUGCAGGGGUUGGACUCAAUGACCCUUGGGGUCCCUUCCAACGCUACAAUUCUGUGAUUCUGUAUGCAUCUUCAACUGAAAACAAAUCUUUACCAUCAGUUGAAACGGCGCUAUUCAGUGUGGACUGACACUCCCUCUGGUGUACAAACCUGAAAUAACAAUUGAGGAGGUGCCAUCAUGCAAUAAAUCGUCUGCUCUGUGGUUUGAAAAAUAACCUGGACACUGUCAGAUGCACUAUUUUCUAUAUAGACUUCAUUUGCAUUCAGAACAGCUAAAGUGCCAGCAUAUGGCAACAGGAUAAUAAGCCCCUAUACACACCAAAGAACCCUAAAUACUACAUAUUUCAUUGGCCAAUUAGCACUUCACUCCUGACUGGGCCUUGUUGCAGGAAAGUCAGCCCAUCAUUUCAAAAAGCUCUUACUUCCAAACAGUGUCCAAUUUAAUUUCUGAAUAGACAUCCCAAAGAACUUUCCCUUUCUUUUGAGAGUUGAUCAGUGGGGCUGGGAAGAGUUGCUUCUUGAGAUUUCAAGGAGCAGGGUGGAGCCUUUCCCACCAGCAGAUCAACUCAAUUUACCUGUUUUAUUUUUAAACAUCUAUUCAAUUUAAUUUCCUGAGAAUAAGCAUUGCUUCCUCAAGUAAUUAUUGAGGAAUUUGCACAAGAACCUUUUGGGAGAAGGACUGACCACAAAGUAUCGUUUGUCCCUCUUUCUCCCAGAGGACAGCUGGGUAGUAAAGAGACACACUUGGGGACAAAGACAAAGUCAGUCCAUGGGGCAUCUGCAAGUACUUUGUGUUCAUGUAUAAAGCAAGGUUUAUUUUGGUGUUUUUACCACGAAAAGAAGUGUGUGGGUGAAGGAAGGUAAACCUUGUUCCUUCCCUUACUUGAACUCACUGUCAUCUAAUGUAUGAGCAAUUUUCUCCCUGACUCACUCACUUCCAGUAUGGGAUGGAAGAAAAUUUCUUGAAAAAAUAGAACACACAGGUGGGGAAAAUGAACUGUUUCAUCCACUCACACAGUAUCAUGGGAGGAGGACAUUUACACCACUUUGUAUGUUAACAGUGAGGCCUCUAUAUUUUUUCAAUUAUUUUAUUUAUUUAUUCAUUCAUUCAUUCAUUCAUACAUACAUACAUACAUACAUACCCCACACACUCUGGGUGGCUCCCAAGUGAAUAUUUAAAACAUGAUACAGCAUUAAACAUUAAAAACUUCCCUAAACAAAUUCCCUAAAUAAAUGCUCAAGGUGGAUUACAAUAUACCGCACACACGUGUAUCCUCACAAAUACCCUUUGUAAUAGGUUAUAAUAAGAGACAGUGACUUGCUCAGAAAAAAACUAGGUGCGCUUCAUGGCCAGAUUCCUUGUGCCUUCCUGAGAUCUAUGGGCCACAGAUGCCGAAAGGCAUUUUAAAAUGCCAACAAGGCAGCAAUUUGCAUAUAUUUCCAAAUUCAAAGUUGCUGUUCUCCUCUUCUCCAGUUUACUGCUCCAGUUAGAUCUUCAAGUGAGCUGUUAACAUUUGCACACACACCCUGCAAAGGAUGGGCAGGAAAAGUACAAUGGUGAGAAGUUACAGCUGUAUCCCAAUUAAAGUAAAUUGCAGAGUAAGUCUGACUCAUACACUCCCAUGCUUGAGAGACUUCUCAGAUAACUUCUACUAUAGCAUUGUUUAAAGUGCUUAGCCCAUGCAUUAGAAUGUGGAGUAAUGAGGAGACAACUGGAGCCUAUAAAGUAUUUUUCAGGCAUAGUCCUUGAAGGGCAGGAGAGGACCCGUGACACAGAUUUUGAAGGAUUUUCUCAGUUCAUAAAUGUACCUGCAAUUCAUGUACCAGUAUCCAAUAGUCACAUUAGUACAGAUAUUCUGUGUUCAUAUGCUCAAUGGUGCAGCAAAUAAAUGUCAUUUUGGACCAUAUUAAAAAGAACUUGCAAAUGCAUAUACACUAGCCAAUUGCAAUUUCAGAGGUAUCUGACACAAUAUAACUGUGCAUACGUUAGUAUAUUACAAAGGUUUCCCUGUAAAAAAUUAACAGUGUGCAAGAUUUUUCUAAGCUCUUCAUCAUAAAAAUCAAACCUGCAAAUAGUUAUUUUGUUCCCUUAUCACUGCUUCCUCUUGGGGAAAAAAGCCCCUUCAUAGAUAACUGGCAAAUUUAUCUUGCCAUAUGGGAAAGACAUACUGGCCAGCUAAGUGCAGUUCAGAAUACUGUAUCCUCUAGAUGUCACCAUUGUUCCAUAAGCCUCAUGUUUUUCUGGUCAAGUAUCUGGGUACUCCUUAUAUGGGCUGAUUUAAGUUGUUGGUUGUACUAACUAAACAAAUAGGCAAUUACUGUAGUAUCAACAAAAAUCAUUCAGCAGUUACUCAGGGAUUUACUACUAUUAUAAACCCACAUUUUCUUGAAAGUCUCAUUGUCCCAAAGCAAAAUAAAUAAAAAAAUGCAACUUAGCCUGUAAUUCUAUACACACUUACUUGGAAAUAAAAUCCAUUGAACUCUGUGGGAUUUACUGAGUAGACAUACAUAAGUUUGUACUGAGGAGAGAGAGAGAGAGAGAGAGAGAGAGAGAGAGAGCGCGAGAGCGAGAGAGAGAGAGAUUCAUAAUUCUCCUUUUCUUUAACCCCUUAGUAUGUUUCUGUGCGCUGCUCUGGUUUGCCAGAAGUGGCUUAGUCCUGCUGGCCACAUGACCCGGAAGCUGUACACCGGCUCCCUUGGCCAAUAAAGUGAGAUGAGCGCCACAACCCCAGAGUCAGCCACAACUGGACCUAAUGGUCAGGGGUCCCUUUACCUUUACCUUUUAUGCAGAGUGCAGCACAGUCUGUACAGUAAAAAUUUAUUACUCUCAGUAUUUCUUACAGCUGUAUUCCAUGACCAUUCAUCCUAAUUUAUCAUCUAAGACAAAAAGUUAACCUGUUUCAGUGCUAUAUAUAAAAAAACAGACAUCUAAAACAGUCAAAUGUCUCCUGUCCCCUUUCAGGAGUUAGGAUUCCAUAACAAAACAGUUAUACGGAUACUGGUUGCCAGAAGUGAAAUAGACCUGCUGAACAUAAGACAACGUUAUAAAGAGAGAUAUGGAAAAUCACUGUUCCAUGAUAUCAAAGUAAGUAUGUUUGGGUUGACUGUAAUAAUUUAGACAUUAAGAUAAAAAACAGCAAUCGUUUUAGACAUCCAUGCGUAUCCUCAGAUAUCAAGAACGCAGAAAGUAAUUGCUUCUGAAUGGACCAACCAACUUCUUGUUUCUUAACAGAUUAAAUCCUGUUCCUCUUAACUAUUUGCACCAUGCUUACAAUUUCUGCAUGUCCAGUGGUACUGCCCUUGUUCUUACUGUAUGUCAUACUUGCCCUGAUCUUCUUGGAGGCCAAAACAGGCUCACUGUCUGCUUAACUUAAUGCAGUUGGUGUCAUUUCCAUAAAUAAAACAAAACACCAAAAACAUUGAAAGCAAUGCUGUUACUCCAAAGCACAACACAGUGUACAGUGGUACCUCAGGUUAAGUACUUAAUUCGUUCUGGAGGUCUGUUCUUAACCUGAAACUGUUCUUAACCUGAAGCACCACUUUAGCUAAUGGCGCCUCCUUCUGCCGCUGUGCCGCAGCCGCCCGAUUUCUGUUCUCAUUCUGAAGCAAAGUACUUAACCCGAGGUAAUAUUUCUGGGUUAGCGGAGUCUAUAACCUGAAGCAUAUGUAACAUGAAGCGUACUGUAUGUAACCCAAGGUACCACUGUACUCCUUAUUUGUGAUAUUAAACUAUAUUUCAUCAAAAUAUAGUGUUUCUUCAAAAUAUAGUUUAAUAUAUUUUAUUUUACUCAGUGCAACCAAUUUUACACCAGGAGAAAUCCAAGAACACACUGCUAGACACCCCAAGUGAUAUUAGAGAUUCCACCUUUAGAAUGCAACAAGUAGCAAUUCUUUGACCUUAUCCAGUAUGUUCAAUUAGUUAUCUUAUUCAAGAUCUCAAGUUAGCUGAGGAGUAUACAGAAGAUUCCCUCAAAGUAGAUCAGAGACUAUGGCCCCAAACUUUGCAAUCAGUCCCCCAAAAACCCACUGAAUUGCAAGUAUGAACCAUAUGCAUAGCAAAGCCUUUUGGCACAGAAACUAUGACAGAGACAAGAAGUAGUUAAAUGAUAAUGAUCCCUGGCAAAAACGAAGUUCCAAUUACGCAUAGUGUUUAUUCAUCUACCCAUGCCACUUUUCAGACAGACAGAGCAAAUACAAUGUACCAGGAUGGGCUAAGAACCUGUCCUAGAAUGUUGUGAAACACCGUAGAUUGUGGGGGUUUUUUGUGGGUCUGCCUUCAAAUGGUGGUGUUUGUUGUAUUAGGUGGAGGAGGCGAAUUCAUAACCUGGCCUUCAUUCUAGGGCCCAAAUAUAAACCAACUACAAAUAACAACAAUGGUUGGUCUAUCCUUCUGGAUGGCCAAGUGAAAACAAUGGAGGCAGGAGGCAGGGAUGAAAUACCGUAAGACUGGCGGCAAGAUGGAAUCAUGCACACUCAAGGCACUUCCAAGUGACCUGUUUAUUAAGUUUGUUGGCUAUUUGAUGAGCUCUUAGUCUGACUUGUUUGUUGUUUGUUGUCUAAGAAAGUGUUGUCCCCCAAUUUCUGAAGUAUAUUCCCAUCAAUUUCCGUAUCACAAAAGUCCAAUCUUUUGAGGAAGCAGGUUUGUUGCAUAAGACCUGCCAAUGAACUACAAUUGCACAGCAUGAAUUUGCUGGUAUGAGAUUGAAUCCAAACCCAAAAUAACCAGUCUGGAAACACCCUCCCGUGUUGCUACUGUACUUCCUCAACCUGCAUAUGGCACUGCUAAGCCAAACAGGAGUUUCACUGGGAAAGAACAGGCACAGCAGCAACUGAAGAUAACCUCUGUCUUUUGCUUCUCUGUCCUGCAAGUGUAUGAAGACUAUCCUCAAACUCCAUUCCUCUUGGUUAUAUCUGCCCUACAUAUGCCAAGUUCAGAAACUCCUAUCAGCAGCUCUGCCCUUUAAAAAGUGAUUAAGUUCUUGCAGAAAGCAACAGGGUUGCUGUUGCUGAUUUUUUUAAAAAAAAAUGUGUCAUCUUUAACGAAUAUUUAUUUAUCUUGCAGCAUUUUUCCUCUGGACAUUAUGAGAGUGCUUUACUUGCCAUCUGUGCAGGUGAUGCUGAAGAUUAUUAGAAGGAAGAAAACUAUGUUAAAAACGAAAAAGUUUAGGGAUGGAAAUGCUUUCAAAUAAUAAGAGAUUCAAGCUGUCCUCAUUAUUUCUCUGUGUACUAAUAUACUUCCCAGUGUGAUCAGUUCAAUGCCUAUUCUUUUCUAAAUUUGUUUUGAACAAAUAUAGAUUUUCACAUACCAGAUUUUUUUAAAGAAUGAAUACUUUGCUAUUAACAUAUUGCAUUUUACAAACUUACUUCAAAGUAGACUCUAAUAAAAUCCAUGUGAUUCCUUUCCAUCCAAAUGUGUUUCAUACUGUUAAGUACGUCCCAGUCUCCAAGCCAUGAGAAAUCUCAGGGAUUGCAGCAUAUAACUUGGGUUUGGUUUCUUUGGAAUGAAGGUUACUCGAGGCUCAAGCAUUAAUACUCCCACAAAUCCUGCUCUCCCACAUUCAUUUUUUAGGGAGGCUCUUCAAUGACAUAGCUCUGGAUCAAGUAUAGGGAAAGUCAGGCAUCUUUUUUUUGCCCCAAUCCCAAGACGGACUGUCCUUUGUUCUCUUUCAGACACAAACGUCUCUCCUGCUUACCUUCCAGGAGGGUCUACACUCUACAGCCAUUUGUUUCUGUGCACCCCAUUGCCCUAAUUUACAUUACAAAGCAGAUACUUAUGGAGCACCGGGAGAGAUUAUGGGCAACAGACAUUAAAUUGACAGCAUGCUAUAAUCUCAGGGAAAACACCAUGAAAAUGGUAUAUAGAUGGCAUCUUACUCCCAAAAAGCUUGCUAAAAUGUAUAAAGGGAAAACAUCAACCUGUUGGAGAUGCAAAAAAGAGGAGGGGGUCAUACUAUCAUAUGUGGGGGACAUGUGUAAAGGUAAAGGGACCCCUGACCAUUAGGUCCAGUCGUGACCGACUCUGGGGUUGCGGCACUCAUCUUGCUUUAUAGGCCGAGGGAGCCAGCAUACAGCUUCUGGGUCAUAUGGCCAGCAUGACUAAGCCGCUUCUGGCGAACCAGAGCAGUGCACGGAAAUGCCUUUUACCUUCCCGCUGGAGCGGUACCUAUUUACCUACCUGCACUUUGAUGUGCUUUCGAACUGCUAGGUUGGCAGGAGCAGGGACUGAGCAACGGGAGCUCACCCCGUCAUGGGGAUUCGAACCGCCGACCUUCUGAUCGGCAAGUCCUAGGCUCUGUGGUUUAACCCACAGCGCCACCCGCGUCCCCUAGGGGACAUAUGUAGCCAUUGGCAAAUACUGGAAUGAUAUUAAAAACGAGUUUAAGAAACUGUUUAAAAUCACCUUAAAAAAAAAACCCCAGAGAUUUUCCUACUUUGUAUACUACCACCAGAAAUUUAAAAAGAUAUAAGAACAUUGUUUAUGUAUGGUAUUACAGCAGCUAGAACCCUUAUAGCAAGGAACUGGAUGAAUGAAACGCUCCCAGAGAUUACAGAUUGGCAGAUACUCAUGUUAGAAUACUACAAUUAGCAAAACUGACAGAAACAAAAAAACAACUAGCGAAUGGAUAAUAUUUAAGAAUUAUGUAAACUUUAUUGUACAAAUAACUCCAUAUUAGCAGAAAUUGAGUGAUAUUUGUAAAGAAAAAGAUCAAAUGAAUGUAUACAAAGCAGAAAGAAAUAAUAUUAUACAAUGUAAACCUGUGUAAAAAAGAAUAUUAUAUCAAACAGUAUAAUGAGAAGGAUGGGAAGGAUUGUGCUGAUGAGUACUUUUACUAUGUAAAUAACUUUCUCUCUCUUUUUUUAAAAAAUUGAUUUCUUUGUUUCUUAUCUUUGUUACUUCUUUAAAUUUUUUUCUUUAUAAAUUUUCUAUUUUAUAUAAUUUUCUUUUCUUUUUUUUACCUGCUAAGGGAUAGUACAUAAUGUUUGUAUAGGCAUGCACAUUUUUUAAUCAAUAAAGAAUUGAUAGUACAAAGCAG